UGUCAACUUCCUGUCAUCCAGGCUUGUCGGUUCAAACGGAUCAGUACUGUUUGCGGUAACCCGGGAGUCCCGAACCGCCCUGGUGGAGCGGCCGUUAUCCGACGGUUGGACCGGGAGAGGGAGACGCUUCCGACGAUGAAACGUUGUUUCCGUCGCUGUCCGGGACUUCCGGUUCUCCUCACAGCGAAGCUCGGCGGAGUUUAGGAUGGAGUCCAGCAGCCUGCUCGGCGACUGCCUGUCUCCAGAGUCAACGGUGACCUCCCUGCUGUCGAGCUCAGGCCACCUGAGGAGCAGCCUGCGGCCUCCUGAACACAACACCACCUUCAGAUACAGAGACAAGAACUACGAUUCGGCCUCGGCGGCGCUGGACGCCUACAUCGCAGACUUUGAUCGCAGCUGUCAGAAGUGCAGGUCGUUAACUGGAUCUCUGGUUCUGCCACGCGGCGAGCCGUCCACCCCGAGGAAACCCAGCGUGGGCGCGCUCAGAAACAGAGAUGUCCUCAGGGAGCGUCUGAGCGACAGGGAGCUGGACUUCCUCAACCUGCCGGUCAGCUCGCUCCGUCACCGUCUGAACCGCGACCGGCUGUCCAUGACGACAGACGAGCUGCUGACCAUCCCGUACGACGGCUCCAUGCCUGUCACCCACACGUCGGCCAUCAUCCGAGGCGUCUUGUCCCGGUCAGGCGCUCCUGAACUUUUCCCAUCCUCCACCGGCCCGGCGCACAGAGCUGGAGACGGGCUCAGCAGCGGCCACGUUCCCCGUCAGCACUUAGACCUCGACCCAAAGCCUCUGAAGCAGAACCUGCUUCCUACCAGGAGCUCCAGGUGCAGAGGAAAACCCAAGAUGGACAGAUUUAACGCUCCUGCUGACGCGUCUUCUUCCGCACACAGAGCCACGGAUCUCCACCUCCCCCGCUGGCUGACCAGUAACAAGGCCCGCAUGGACUGUUCUGAGAUCAGCAGCCUGCCUGACCUGAAGUACCCGGCCUGGGUGCGGCGCUGCGACGUUGGCGAGCCGGAGCUGUGGGACGAGCGCGGCGCUGCUCCGCCUGGAGCUCCCAGAGUUAAAGCUCCAUCCUGGGUAUCGGACCUGGAGAGGGACGAGGAGCUGAAGCCGGCGGCGCCACAGGUCGGAGGUGAGCAGACGCUGCGGGAUCUGCGGCUCCAGCUGGCCGAGCAGAUUUCUGCGCUCUCUGGAGAAGGAAGAGGCUCCGACAGCCUGACGGCUUUGUUCAGAGACAACAGGAUCGAGGCUCUGAUCCAGAAGGCCGAUCAGCUGCUGGACUCCCUGAGUUCUGGAGGAGGUAAAGUGAGUCCUGUCAGCACGGAGGACCUGCUGCUGCCGCCGCCGUCACGCCGGGCCUCCGUCACGCUAGACUCUGGAGCAGCGGAGCUGGAAGCUGACCGGACCCACCAGAACCUGGAGGUUCUGGACUACGGCUUCCGCUGCGACGCCGCCUGGAAGCAGCCCGGCCCGGUGGAGGCGCUGAAGCAGAUGCUGUUCAGGCUUCAGGCCGUGGAGGCGGAGCUCCAGAAACGGCGAGCAGGCGGUCCGAGGACGCCGGAGAAACAGGGCGCUGACGGGGAAGCAGAGCUGCAGAGUUUUCCAGGCAGUCCGUCACUACAGAGAGCUCUGCAGCAUCUGAGCCGCCUGAAGCUGCUGGUGGAGGAGCUGGGACGGAGGAGCCGAGCCGAGGAGGAAGACGAAGGACGCUUCUCCUCCUCGUCUGCAGACAGACUCCCCGGCUGCCAGCAGGAGCCCGUCUGAAGCGACGGGGGACGAUGGCGCUGUCAGAGCAGAACCUGCGGGUCAGCGGCCCGGUUCUGAACGCCUCGGGCUGAGAAAGAGAGCAGAAAACUGUUUUUGUGUUUCAGGACAUCUGAAGGUUUAUUAAAGGAAAUGUUUGACGGCGGGACUGUGGCGAGACGGCAGGUUUAUCUACAGGUCUGGUUCUGACAGCCCCGACCCAACAGAACCAGACGGUCAGAACCAGACGACCAGAACCAGACCGUCAGAACCAGACGGUCAGAACCAGACGGUCAGAACCAGACGACCAGAACCAGACGGCCAGAACCAGACGGCCAGAACCAGACGGUCAGAACCAGACGACCAGAACCAGACGGUCAGAACCAGACGGUCAGAACCAAACCGUCAGAACCAGACCGUCAGAACCAGACCGUCAGAACCAGACAGUCAGAACCAGACCGUCAGAACCAGACGCCGAUCAGGCCGUCGCUCCCGGCCGACACCAGCGCCCGCCCCUCGUGGUCAAACGUCACGCUCUGCACGCUCCCCUCGUGUCCCGUCAGGCUGCUCACGCCGCACGAGUCCACCGCCACCAGCCGCACCGAGCCGUCGCCGCCGGCCACCGCCAGCAGCUUCCCCGAUUGGCUGAAGGCCAGCUGGUUGGCGGCGGGCGGCCCGGCCUCCGCGGCGGCCGUGGGCGACGCCGGCUUCCUCGCGUCCCACAGGUGGACGACGCCCCGGGAGUCGCAGGACGCCACGGCGUGGGGCGCGGGGCUGAAGGCGGCGUGGUUGCAGGGGUGGCGGUGUCCGCGGAAGGUGGCGGCGGCCACGCCCAGCCUGGCGUCCCACAGGACGAGGGUCUUAUCCGCCGAGCAGGUGAGGAGGAGGUGUGAGGCGGGCAGGAAGGCGACGCUGUUGACGGAGGCGGCGUGGCGACGCAGCGUGAGGCCGCAGCGCCCGCUGGCCACGUCCCACAGCUUGGCGGUCCGGUCGGCGGAGCAGGACGCCAGGAGGUGUCCGCAGGAAUGGAACCAGCAACCCCAGGUGGGCUGGCUGUGGCCGCGCAGCGUCGACACGCAGCGGCCGCGAGACAGAUCCCAGAGCCGGACCUGCAGGACACACCAGAACCCGCUGUUAGCCGAGACGAUGGUGCCGGGUUCCCAGAACCAAACCUGGAGCUAAACCUGCAGAGGGAACCAGAACUUUGGGUUAAUUAGCCGUCCUCUGAUGUUACUGCUGCGUUAACGGGUCGGUGGUGACCGUGUCCUACAUCAGCUGUAAAUCCACUAAAAUCAUCUAACAGCUCGUUUCUCGUCUCUUGGUUCUAUGGUUUUCCAUGAAAAUCCUGGUUUUAAUGUUUAAUUCUGAGUCUGUUUCAGUGGGAUAAUGAAUUAAAGGUUGUUACCUGA